AUGUCUCCAAUCAGUACCAUGGCCAUCAUUUUGGCUGCGGGCUUUUCCUCUGUAGCCUCUGGGGCUCCAACGACUAUUCUCACUGAAUUUGAUCACGGCUCAGAUCCUUUCUUCACCUCAAACACGUUGGACCGCCACGAGAGUAUUGCACAUCCACAAGUGAUACUCGCGCCCGUCCGCUCCACUGGGUCACGCUUGAUACCAGCAAACCACCUCACAAAGCGUCAAGCUUCUAUUGUUCCUCGAGCCGAUCGAAUGAACCCGCUUAUUCCACAAACAAACAUUACUCUCGAUUACCAAUCACCCCAUGACGACGGCGAAGUAGUGAUCCUCUCUCAAGUCAACGCGAUUAUGAAAUACCCUUCCGUUCUAUUAGAAGAAUGCCCUGUCACCAGAGUGGAUUGCAGCGAACACAGUGUUAACAUCACAUUCGACAACGUUGACCGUUACAGAAGCGCUACAGACGCUUGGCCUAAAUCUGACUUCAUAUUGUUCACGAAUCAUCUGGGAGACUGCGAUGUUGACAACGAGCGUGGUCUUUACAUGGUUAAUGAGAUAACGUUUGAUGACGAGACAAGCUCCGUCAUCGCUGCAACAACCAACUAUGCCCUCAAAGACAGUACCAAAGAAAUAGAGGUUGUUAUCGCUAAAGCAACUGCUGCUACUCGCAAGCGUGCUACAAUCAGUAAGGAGUUCGACAUGGACUUCCCAGACGCUAUCACUCUUGGCAAAAACGACACGAAUUCCGAUUCCUCGAUUCCUUAUAUCUCGGUUACUGAUCCAGAAUUUGGUGGAUCUAUUGCUCUCAGCGGACAUGUGAAGUACAACAUGUUCAAUAGCAAAGCCAGCGUCUUUACAUUUGACUUGGAUCUGACCCUGGCAUCUUCAGCAAAUUUCGAAUUCAUUGCUGGAUCCAAGACGGGAAGUCAAAGCUACAAUUUCGACCCCCACAGUAUCUCUGUUGCGGCUUUCCAGAUCCCAGGCAUAAUGCAAGUCGGUCCACGUAUGCAGUUUGGUAUUGGUGCUGAUGUAGGCGCGUCUGGCCAAGUCAUCGUGAAAGCAGAACUCGCUUCCAGGCUUGACGAUGGGAACGUCCAUAUCGAUUUCCUCAACCCCAACAAUACUGCUGCAACCGGAUGGGUUCCCACAUAUACUCACCACGCCAACGUAUCAAAUGGAGUUGAUACACAUGUCAACCCUCGCCUGGAAUUCGGCGCGUCGAUUGGUGCCAAAUUUCUAGAUGUCAUCGACAUUUUUGGAGGCAUCAAAGCCAAAGCAAGUCUUACCAAUGAAUUCAGUCUCAAAGGGUUUACUCUCGUUACUGGUAGUAACUACAACACCACCACUCACGACAACUGGAAUACUACUGCCCCAAUAUCCAAUGAUGGAACUUGUUUGAAUGGCCUUCGUUAUACCAGUGCUUUCAAACUUGGUAUCUAUACUUCGGUUACCACAUUCCACGACAGAGAGAUACUCAGUUUCAAUAGGCCCUUUGGCGAUAAAUGCUGGUCUUGGGCUGAAUCUUUGUAA